ACAUGUCCAUUACCUGGUUACUCUCUUCUAUAUUUUAUAAAUAAUUCCCAUUUUGUAUGAAAUACUAAUUGAUUUAAUCGUACUAACAAUAAUAUAUGCUGUAUAAUUACAAUUUUGUAUGAAUUAUGGCUGUAGUAAAAACCCCAGUACUUAAAGUAAUAUUGUGUGGCGAAUACGGAGUUGGUAAAAGUUCUUUAUUCCGUCGCUUUAUUAACAACACUUUCCUUCCUAAUUCAGAUAGAAGGUCGACAUUAGGAUUAGAUCAUUUUGAAAAAUUAUAUCAAGUUGGCGAUAAGGAUGUCAAGUUACAGCUGUGGGAUACAGGCGGUAUGGAAAGAAUUGCUUCUGUCACUUCAAGUUAUUAUAAAUUUGCCGAAGCAGCUAUUUUAGUAUUCUCUUUGGAUAAUGCCUCAUCAUUUCAUGUAUUAAGUCAACACUUAUUAGAUAUAGUCACUUAUGCAGAGAAUGCUAAGAUAUUUUUAUGUGGAAAUAAAUCUGAUUUAGAAGGUUCAGCUCCUCAAGUUACGGAUGCAGAUAUAGAAAAUUUUUGUGAACAGUGCCAUAAUUUAAUCAGCACUACUUAUAAAACAUCAUGUAAAACAGGCAAAGGAGUGGAAGAAAUGUUUUCAGAUAUUGCAUUGCAACUAGUUGAAACAAAUAGAUCAAGAAUAGAACUGCAAACAUUAGACCAUAACAGUUUCAAGAUAACCAAUCCAGAACCUCUUGAAGAACCAUCAUGUAGUUGUUGAUUUUCUUUUAAUAAUAUAAAUUAUUUAUUCUCAAUAAUUAUCUGAUGAUGUAAGAUGUAAGAGCUCCAAAUAUAUUUUUAAAUUUACUGUAAGUGAUGGAACUGAUUAAUAAAUAUUGAUCUCUGUCUUUAAAAUAUGCUUAAAAUUUCUUAUUUUAGAGACAGAUUAACAUUUAUUGUUUAAUAAAUAUCAUAAUACAUAGUACAGUUUGGCUCUAAUAUCUAAAAUUGUGAGUGUUAUGGUAGUUUGUGUUAGAAUAAGUGUUUUGAAUAACUUUUAUCAUUAAGAACCUAGUUACAAGGACAAUGACAAUUUGAUUUUAUUAUAUUCAAUAACAUAAACAAAAAUUUAUUAAAUUUAUAAACAAUAUGUUAUAGCUUUAAUAAUCAUAGCAAAGCUUUAAUUUGGUGGCUGGAUAGAGUAAGUUUUUUUGUUAUGUUUUUUUUAAUUGUACAGAUUUUUUCUAUACUGGAUUUAAACAACCAAUAAAAAAUAUCUAGAUUAUAAAAUGAAAAAAUCAACUACUAGCAAAAAGUUUUUAAAUGAAAAUACUGAAAUCUGUAGUUGUGGUUCAGUCUGUGAUACUGAAUUAUAAUAUCAACAUCAUACUAUUUUUUAAACACAUUUUUAUAAGGUUGCAUAGGUAAAUUACAAAAAUAGAAUCCUUUAAAUUAUGUUGUCUUAUCUUUCCAUAUGUCUUAUAUGCCCAUCUACUUAUUUAUCUAUUUGCCCAAUGGUUGACUAGUAGAGAACACUGUCCAUUGUUAAAUCUGCCAAAUGUAUAUAGAAUUUUACUGUGCAUUAGUUUAAUAAAUAUGUCAUUGCCUCAUAAUUUAUAUGCCUUAAAUUCUAAGAAACAUAAGGAUUUAGAAAAAUAAUGGCUAUCUUCUGAAUGCAUAUGCAAUUUAUUAUUUGUAUUUAUAUUGUUCUUUUUUGCAAAUUUUUCUCUACUUUGUAGAAAUGAUCUAUGAAGUCCUAUGUUAGUUAUAAUAUAUACAAGUCUUUUAAAUAAUGUUGAGAAUAUUAUAU